AUGGUUCGCCACAAUGAGUGCUUAGAGACAUUUCAGCUGGGGCCUCUCAUUGCUCCUAGAAUCUGGACUGGCCUUUGGCAGUUAUCCAGUAAUGCCUGGGGUACUGCCCCUGCGUCCAAGAUCCGUCGCGAAAUGGCAAGGCAUGCUGAGCUGGGAUAUGUGGCAUUCGCGGACCACUACGGAAGCGCCGAAAUUCUCUUUGGACAGUUUCAGCAGGCGUUCGCCCUGUCUACGAAGGUCAUAGGUGCUACCAAGUGGUGCGUCUUCAGGCCCACGGAUCCGUCACGUCAAGUGGUCGAAGCUGCUGUGCGUGAACGCAUGAAACGCAUGAACACAAAGCGUAUAGAUCUAUUGCAGUUCCACUGGCAAGACUAUUCCAACCAUGAAUACAUGACCGCUCUCCGACACCUUCAGGACUUACAACGAGAGGGACUGAUCUGCGCCAUAGGACUGUGCAACUUUGAUUCAAUCAGAAGUGAUGAAAUAUGCACACAGCUCGGUCCCGGAUCUAUAAUGUCGAAUCAAGUGCAGUUCUCAUUGAUUGAUACGCGUCCUCUGCAUGGGAUGGCAGCGGUGUGCGAAAAACACUGCAUGAAGCUUCUGACUUACGGGACUCUGUGCGGUGGGUUCCUCGCAGACCACUGGCUUCACCAGCCGGAACCUGAUCUGUAUUCCGGCAACCUUACUCCAUCUCAGCGCAAGUAUCUCGAUAUCAUCGUCCGCGCUUGGGGAAGCUGGGCGCUAUUUCAAGAGCUCCUGACCGUGCUGCGUGUGAUUGCUGAUCGUCACAGACGGAGUAUAGCGAACAUAGCCACACGCUGGGUCCUCGACCACUCUUUCGUGGGUGCUGUCCUCGUAGGCUCUCGUCUCGGAGUGUCCGAACACACGCGCGAUAAUCAGAAGGCAUUUGGCUUCAAAUUAUCACCGGAUGAUAAUGCUGCUAUCGAAGCAGUGUUAGAGCGCUCGAACGGCCGACGAAUGAUUACCAGUAUAGGCGACUGUGGGGCUGAGUAUCGCUGAGCAAGCAGGGUCCCACAUGCAACGUAAUUCAAUUGUACCGGUGUCUAGGAGAUGGGAGACUUUGGCGGACGUGAUUCGGAACGAAUGGCUGUGCUGUGAGCUGGAUUAGAGGAUCAGACCGAGGAUGAUACAAGGAAACGCCUUGCGAUACUUUGUGCGCUCUCACUCCUAGCUGGUCGUCAAUCGAUGCAAUACCUUUUUGAUAAAUGCCUAUGUAUACAACAGAGCGAUAUAAUACAUGAAUGAGUAUACACCAAAUUGCUGUCCAUGGUGAAUGAUGCCCCGUGGAUUGUGAUGAUCUCGGGCGUCUCGCAAAACAUGAGCUGUUCAUAACUUGCUGGCAGAAGUGUGAUUCGAAGCUGAAGGCAGACGUUGUAUCGGUUGUAGCUUGCGCUUGAUAUC